GCUCUUGAUUAGUUCCGAACACGUUUGGUCACACGUGAGGCGUAGGCAUUUUUUCAAUUUUGGGUCAAUAGUUUUUUCUAUUUUGCUUGCCAACAACGAUAUUAUCAGCAAACCUUGAGUUUUGUAGAUAAGUGUAGUUAAAAUGAACUAUUACGCUAUUUUUUGUGUCGUCUUGGCUCCCCUGAUCCUCAAAAUCUACCUCAAAUUGAGUACCAAGUGGUGCCGGAGUCACAAGUGCCUGACUGGCAAGACCGCCAUAAUCACCGGAGCCAACACAGGGAUCGGCUUCGAGACAGCGCUUGACUUCGCCAAAAGAGGGGCCCGCGUGAUUCUCGCCUGUCGGGACCCCAAAAAGGCCGACCUUGCGCGUCAAAAAAUUGUGGAAGAAACCGAAAAUUCGGAAAUUUUGGUCAAAAUCGUGGACUUUGCCUCGUUUGAGUCGGUCCGAGCGUUCGUAAAAAGUGUCCAUGAGACGGAAAAACGCUUGGAUAUUCUAGUCAAUAACGCGGGAGUGGCCCCUGAAGGGACCCAAAAGACCCAUGAUGGGUUUUACCAAGGGAUGCAGGUCAACUACUUGUCGCUUUUUCUCCUCACUAACCUGCUCCUGGGCUUGAUGUCCAGGUCCGGCCCUGCGCGAAUUGUGAACGUGUCGUCAGCCAUGGCCCAAACGGCCCUUUUUUUCAACCCGGACAACCUUUGUACCUACAACGGUGACGUCGAUAUGUACUCCCGUACCAAGCUCUGUAUUAUCCUGUUCACGCAGCAAUUGGCCAAGAAAUUGCAAAACACCCAAAUCACGACCUAUUCGCUACAUCCCGGAGCCGUCAAGACUGAGAUUUUCAGGCACGUGACCGGGUUUAAACUAAUUGUGUUCGGGAUAAUUAAAAAUUUCUUUGCCAAGACGCCGGCAGAAGGAGCCCAGACUAACAUUUACUGUUCAGUUGAGAAAAAUAUUGAGGGGUUUAGUGGCCUACACUUUGAGGAGUGUCGGACAGUUGCGACUUAUCCGAAUGCUAGGGACUCCAAAGUGGCGGAGAAGCUGUGGACGGUUACCGAGGAGUUGGUCAAGCUGAAGGAGGAAGAGAAAUUUCAGUUUCCAGGCUGAAAUAAUUUGUAAAGUUGCAUAAACUUGUUAAAUUCUCAGUUUGUACAAAAAACAUGAACUAAUAAACAAUUUAAAAAAAUC